ACCUGCUUCAUACCAUUGCCAUUACUAGCUAGCUAUAUCAGCUAUGGCUUCCCAAUCAUUCAAUCUGCAGGCAUCUGGAAGUAAUAGCUCAGUUCAUGCCAACCAAUCAGGAAGCCAAGUGGACCUCACCCUCAGACUUGGAUUAUCUGAAGAGAGUGACAAAAAUCUCCCCCAUUUUGGUCCCAUCAAACUUCCACAUGCCCAUCUCAACUUCACUGCCCCUUACACUACUCAGGCCAUAAAUCACAUUGACAUGGUUUGUGGAAGAGGCAACACUGCCCAUAAUCCAUGGUCACCAGAGAGGAGAAGCCAUUACAUGAAUUCAAAUGGACUAGAGCUGCACUCUGGUGCUUCAAUGGGGGGAGGUCCUCUGCACACCAACUCCUACAACUACAAUAAUAUCCAUUCGAUGCCGCAAAUGAAUGAGUACACACUGCUCAACCCCUCUUCAAGGAGAGGUGAUCACCGUGGCAAUGGCGGCUCAUCUUCAAGUAGGAGAACCUCACGGCGUCUUCGCGAAGCAAAUUACAAUGACCCGAGCAAGAGGUGUACCAACUAUAACUGCGGCACUAAUAACACCCCCAUGUGGCGCAAAGGUCCCCUUGGCCCCAAGAGCCUUUGCAAUGCUUGUGGGAUCAAGUAUAGGAAGGAAGAGGAGAAAAGGAAAGCUAGAGGGGCAGCCGAGCACUCUGGCACGAGCAAUCAGGGUAAGGGUUGAAAGAGUUCCAAAAGAAUUCAACGCUUGUAUGUGUUUGAUUGAUAAUAUCGGGUUUUAAAAUUAAUGUCGAGUUUUAAAAUAUAUGGGACAUUACCAUACCAUAGAUUUUCCUUUCCUAAUUGUAUUUGGGAUGAAAUUACCUAUCAAAG